AUGAGUGCACUGGAUGUGGCCCAGGAGAAGAUGAUAGAGGCGCUGCACGCCAAGAUACUGCAACUGGAAGCUGAGCUCCGAAACGUCACGGAGGCACUUGGGAAGGAGAAAUCAAAAAACUGGGACUUGACGUAUCAACGCCAUGACCUGCAGGAGGAAGUCUGGAGGCUCAAGAUGCACCUCAGUCACAGCAUGACCAUCAGCGACUGGGAAGAGGGUUCUUUGAUGCCCCAGACGGCUCUUGAGAACGCGUUGGAGCUGAGGAUCAAGGGGUUGGAAAGGCGGGUCAAGGAGCUGGACGAUAAGGUGCGAAACAGGGAUUUGAGGGUCGGAUACAUCGAUGGAACCGACAGGGUUCGAUCGAGGUCGAUAACUUCUGAGCCCGAGUGGACGCAGAAACUCGGUUGCUCCCGAAGCCACCGUCAGGCAGGGAGGGUCUGGGCCUUGGACCCCCCCCGGGUCCCGUGGGCUCUGGUCGAAGCAUUCGCUGGCGCUAUGCGAUUGGCCAAUGUCGUCUGGCACCGAGCACGCAAACAAUGA